GUUGGUACAGUUUAAGAGCACAAAAUGCCUUGUUGCUCUGCAGCAGCUGAUAAAGAGAAAGAGUGCUAAACUCGCUGUGAUAUGUGCAAUAUAUCCUGCUUUGUACCUUCGACAAAUUAUUAUGAGUAAAUUGUGAAUAUUCAGCAUGUGGGACAGCUGACUAGAAAUUGAAUUGCAGUGAUGUAAUGGCCUUUAAAUAAUUGAUAGGUGGAGAAAAGUAAAAGAGGCUGCGCUUUGGAAGAGAGGAAAAUCAAUGAGAAUGAGAGAGCACAUACGAGAAAGAAAGAGGUACGGACAGACAGAGAGAGAGAGACAGAGAGACAGAGGAGUGGAGGGAAUCAGAAGAGACAGGCGGUCAGGCAGAUGGAUGGGAACCCCACCCCGGCCUGUUUCCUCUCUGCCUGCUCAGCCCAGUGAUAAGCAGCCGGGGAGGAAGUCAAGUAUUAUUUCAUCAGGACAUGUGAGGGAGGAUGAUCGUUUCUGUUUGCUGAGGAAGAAUUAGUGAAGCUUCAGUGUGAUGAAGAUGUUGUCGGUGGUCAAGCCACAACCAGCCUCCAUCCGAUGACCUCACAGCCACCUGACACGCCAAAACAGCACCGAUAAUAAAGCUCUGAACGUUUCAGACAGAGCAGAGAGAUUCUACCAUUUUUGUAGCCCAAAGUGUGUGUGUCGCCCGGAGUGGCUUGAUUUGGAGAGUCCCAGGCUAUUAGCCCCCCCCCAAAGAGGUAGAGACACAGCAUUGAAAAGGAAGACUGUAACCCUGGAUGAAGGCCCUGUCCUGAGGCAGGGAGCACGACUUGGCUUUAGACAGCAGUUUGUGAAGCCUGUAUGCUGCUGGGAUCUUCUCCACCCCUUCUUCGCUUGUUAACACAUGUGAAAGACUUGCAUUUGUCCAGCUGACAGCUAGUUUGCUUUGUUGGACAUGUGGAUCCUGCCAACAGUACUUGUGCGCCCAUUUUGGAAAACUAUCUAGUGGUGAGAUUUCCAGCUCAGGGUUAGACCCAGCCAUGGAGGGUCUCGAGCAGCUUGACAUGGUGGGUGAUAUCAGCCCGGCCUUGGAGGCCACAGAGGACUUUAUCCACUGCAUGGAUGGGAUACAAGGCCAAGGUCCAAGCCAGGCUCAAACAGGGAGUGUCCAGCCUCCCAGGCAGCCCAAGCAGCUGCAGGAGGUGUCCAGCGCUGCGUUGGGAAAGCUGAGUUCCAGCGGCGUAUGGAGCCUGCUGGCCAGAGAGCAGCCGGAGGUGGGGCCCCUGGGCCUGGCCUGGGCUGACAAUUUCAGCGUCUUAGGCCUGGGGAUGGGCUUGCGGCAUGGCAAGAGAAGCCGGGCGCGCUCCACCAACGACCUGGCGGCCCACACCAAGGAGUGCACCAACAACACCGCCAACUCCUCGUCCCACUCAGCCUUCAAGAAGGGACACAACCGGUCCAGAUCUGAUGUAAACUACCGGCCCUCUGCUUUCACUGACAACGGACUGCCCGCUGUGGACUGCAACACCCUGAAGAACAUGAUCCUCAACCACCAGCAGGAGGCUGAUAAAAGCAGCAGUAGCAGUGUGGUGAAGCAGGGUGAGAUGGAGCAGCGCGAGGGGCCCCGGGGCCGCUGGACACCCUGCCACGUCGAGUUGACGCCAUGUGAGCUCCGGCUGUACACUCUGGACAGCAGCGCCAACCGCCAGCUGGGCACCGCCUACUCUCUGUCACACUGCCAGAGCGUCAUCUCACCAGCACCCUGCAGCCAGCCCGGCCAGAUCACCCAGCCCGCCGAUCAACGCACGCUGCAGGCUUUGUUCUUCAACAGCACGCGUCUCCAGCUGAGGGCGGCCAGCCAAUGGGAGGCCAUGGAGUGGAGGCGGCUGAUGUGGGAGAGGGUGCAGGCAGCCAGACCUGUGAGGCAGGAGAAUCGCCAGCGCAAGGCCGGAGUGGAAAACCAAAAGGUUGCCAAGUUUCCUGCUCCCAUGUCGCCCUCCUCGUCGCCGUCUCCGUCGGGGCUCGACACUAGACCUGAUGGUGAGAGCGACACCCCCACCUCAGCAGAGGCCUCACUCUCUCUUCAGACUAAUUCUGGCAUCUUGAGCAGACCCACCACCCUUCCUCUGUUCACCCAGCGCUGCCAGGAUGUCCUCAAAGCUGGUCUGCUCCACCAGCUGAUGGACCAGAACAACUGGCUGGCCUUCACCUUCGUCCUGACGAGAUCUGCUCUCCAAGCCUUCCCCACUGAAGGCCGGGGAUCUGUGUCCCAGCCUGUCCACCAGUACUCCCUGUCAUCAUGCUUGGCUGUACAGUACGAUCAGGAACCAGAGAUCGGAGAGCCAUGGACGGAUGGAAGGGAACGUUUCCAGGUAGUUUUCCCCAAAGAGGUGCUCCGACUUCGGGCAGACGAUUAUCUUAAGGCCCAGGAAUGGGUGGAGACCCUGCGAGAGGUGGCGGGAGCACAGAGGCCUGCACAAGAAGAAGGGGGAGAAUCGGGGGAAGGAGCUCCAGGCUUCCAGGGAGUGCUGCUGAGAUCUAAACCGUCUCGCGAGAGGAGGCAGCGGGAAGCCCAGAGAGCCAAGAGGCAGUCAGUCACCACCAGUUUCCUCAGUAUUCUCACCUGUCUGGCUGUGGAGAAGGGACUCACAGCUCAGAGCUUCAGAUGUGCAGGUUGUCAGCGUCCAGUCGGUCUGUCCAGAGGGAAGGCAAAGGUCUGCUACUACAGUGGCUGGUACUACUGCCAGAGCUGCCAUCAGGACAACUCCUUCCUCAUCCCUGCUCGCCUGCUGCACAACUGGGACACCAGCAAGCACAAGGUGUCCAAACAGGCCAAAGAAUUCCUGGAGUUUGUGUAUGAGGAGCCUCUGCUUGAUGUCCAGCAGCUCAACCCAUGUCUGUAUGAGCACUGUGAACCUCUCAGCACUGUGCUACGUCUCCGUCAGCAGCUACAGUCACUGCGGGCCUACCUGUUCAGCUGCCGGGCGACUGUUGCCGAGGACCUCAGACGGAGGAUCUUCCCCAGGGAAUACCUGCUACAACAUAUUCACCUGUACUCCAUGGCAGAUCUGCAGCAGGUGAUAGAUGGAAAACUGGCUCCCUUCCUGUCCAAGGUGAUCAAGUUUGCCAGUUCCCACGUUUUCAGCUGCAGUUUGUGUCGAGAGAAAGGCUUCAUCUGCGAGCUCUGCCACAACGGACAGGUCAUCUACCCUUUCCAGGAGAACGCCACCAAAAGGUGCGACGGCUGUGGCGCCGUCUUCCACACCGAGUGUCGACAGAAAGCUCAGCCGUGUCCUCGCUGUGUUCGCCGAGAGCUCCACCACAAGAGGCCGUCCUCCUUCUGGUCACCUGAUGACGACAGCCCCGGGUGUUUUCACCUGCCUUACCAAGACACCUGAGACACACACACCACACACACACACACACACAAUAACAGUUUGGGUACUGGACAAAGUGCCUGCUUCCUGAUUUGUGUGUUUCCAGGACAAGUUCUGUGACCGUUUUGGCCUAAAGAAGAGCUUGUGUUUCUGCGCGUUUACCUGCUAACACACACACACCUGAGCAGGGAGACAACCGACUGAAGAACUGCUGCACCAGGCUUUACAGACUGAACCACUUGUAUUUUGUAGUUAAACAUCUUCACACAUGUCAAGAAUCACCCUUGGCCAUCUUCAUUCCAUCACCACAUCACUACCUUCCACUUAUUUCUUAUCCAAGGAGUUAAACAUGUCAAAUCACAGCUGAUGAACUGGGCAACUUCAAACUGAUCGUUGGAAUAUUUUGGUGGUUUAUUCCACAUGCCCUUAAAGUCACGCUCCAGUUUAGUGAUGAAACGGUUUGUCAAUGGACAGAAAAUUGAAAGCGUCGCCUUGGCCUCUGGGAAUGCGUUGUCUUCGUUUACCGACUAAACUUAAGGAAAAAAAAAAAGGGAUGAAUCUGCAAUUAAAGUUCUCAUCAGCUGCAGGCCUGCUCAUGUUGAAGUGAUACAUGUGGCCGUAAAAUGUUUGUAGUUCAGCUCUCUACAGAGAACAGCAGCUGUUGUCAACUUGGAUUCACGUCAGUUACGACAAUAGAAUCAAAUAUUAAAGGGCGGGUUCACUUUUUUUCCCCCCCCAAGUCUGACUUAAACUAGGGUUUCUGUUCACAAUGCCCAAUGAAGAACCUGUUGGUAGUUGGUAUGAGGUUUCAACAGUCUUAAUCAAGUCAUAUAUUUUAUAUUCAAAGGUGUUUUUAGUGUAAAAUAUCUGUGUUACUGUCCCUCGGCCACAUCUCAGCAAGGAAACACUGUCAAAGGAACCAAAGAAGGGACCUAACUGUGGAAGACAUCCUGCUGAUUUGUCUAAGUGCUGACUGAAGCCUCAUAUUUACUUCCCAUCCAUAUUUUCAAUUAGCACAUUAAAAAAACUACAGUGGAAAAGCAGGAAAUUUAAAAAAAAAGUAUACAUAUAUAGAGCAAUGUUUUGACUCUUGGCUGAGGUCUGUGUGUGUAACCUUCCUCGUAUUGACACACGUGUCAAACAAAUUCAUGUUUCUCACCUUUUUGAGGUUUGACAGGAGCGUCCUCAUAUUUAAUCAUGUUGCUGCGCCUUCUUCUCCUGCAGCAGUUCAGUGGCACCUGACCUCCGCCUCGACAAACCAGCUCCUAAUAUACACAGAACAGUAGUGGAUGGAAACAUGCAUUAAUUCACAUUCUCAUCAACAUUCAAUUAGAGUUUUUUGGUUUGAUGGGCAUUUUAACUGUGCUGUGACGUAUUAGAGGUGAAUUUAUCAUGGGAAUAAAUCAAUAAAGUAAAAAAAGUUGUUGGUUAAAGCCCCAGCCCCUAACAGUCUAAAUCCACUGACCACGGCUGCUGUAUGUGAAGAAGCAAAAUACAAACGUUUUACAGGUCGAAUUCCUGAGGGAAGUGUGUGAUUAGACGUUUGGGAUUUAACUGGAACCAUUAGACCAAAUAAUCAUUAAAUACUUUUAAAUGAUAAAUCCCUCUGUCCUUUCUCUCUCUGUCCUUUAUCACAUCUCAUUCUCCUUUUCCUUCAAGUUAUUUAACCUGUAGAUGUGGAAUGAAAGACUUUGGUUAACUCACUCAUUUUAUCAGUGUUCCUUUAGGUAAAUGUAAAAUGUAAACAGACUAAUUUAAAAAGUCUUCACUGUACAAUAACCGGGGCAAUAAUAUACUGUAAAAUCUUUCAUUGUUGCCUUUUCCCUCCUCUCUUCCUCUGUGAUUCUACUUCCUGUUGUGCUUUAUUCAUGCAGAAUCUAUCAAACAUGAUAGCAGCUUUAGCUUUUAGUAUCUCUAUGCAACCUAGACGGCCUUUAUAACCCACUGCUUUCAUGUGUAAAGGUCUGGAGGCACUUUUCUUUACGUUUAGGUUUUGUUGCAGCAGCUGUUUUUCCAUCCAGUUUUAAGGAAGUUUACAGUCAAAAAUGUUUCAAAUGGAUUUCUGUGCGACACAAAAAACUGAACCUGAAAGGAAAAUGAAUUUUAAAACUUGAUUACAUUUCUACAUUUAUUCUUAGCCUAAUGGUUUUGAUUGUCAGCAGUAUUUAUAUUUAUGCAGUUUGAACAUGAAAAUGUGAAAAACAGGUGACACUUAACAUGAAGCCUACUUAUUAAUUUUUUUGUUUUCAUUGUUAUUUAUUUUUCAGAUUCAAGAAAUGAAAUAUGUUGUGUCUUCAAUGUUGCUGCAAACUCUGAUUUUAUAUGUGUCUGCUAAUUCACAGUUCCAAGCUAACGGUGGAUGUUUUGGAUGGAAAUGUAGCUGCUUCUGUUUUCUGUUAAACUGGUCUCAUAUUCAUUUCACUGUUAAUUUUUUGUGGUAAAAUCCACUCAGACUUAUUCUCCUCUUCUUUUUUUUUUUUUUCAUCUUUUCGAGCCAUAAAUGAACUUGUAAGGGAAUUUAUGUGUGGAUAAGCCAUUGUACUCAACACCCAGUUACUGGUGUGUUUGGGAAUGUGUAUUUUUUCAGACUGACAGUUAUUCAUGUUUAUGAAGUGUGUAGGAAAAUGUAGACUGAAACUAAGUAACCCAGUAGUUUAAAACAUGGCUGGAGAAGUGCACUGAUGUCAGCUGACUCAAAUUAAGUUUUAUUUUUACUUUGUUUUGAAGGUGAAACCUGCAGCCCUGUCAGGUGAUACUGAAAAUGAAGUGUUUACGUUAUUGUUGUCUGAUUGUGCCUGCUGCAUACAAAACUAGUGAAAAAGGUAGUGAAGUGUUCGGUAAAGUAUUUUUGAUAUAUGUUUUUUUUUUUUCUUGUUUGUGUACUAUGGAGUCCAACAGCUGUCAGGAUUUUUAUCUUUUCUUUUUCUUUUUAUAUUUGUGCACACAGAUUAGAGUUCUGUUUUUCUUUAAGUCAUUAAUUACUGCUAUACUGGGCUUUGUGGAUCUACUUUCUAUAUGACGCACGCUGACAGAGACCAUUGGUCUGGAAAUAAAAUAGAUGACCAAACCUGAACCUGGAUCCAGCCCAAAGCUUUACACAACAAAACAACCUGAACCUGAUAGUACUCUUAUCUCAGAUUACUAACGUCAGUAUAUGAAUUAAUAAAAUGUUGUAAAACAAACUGUUACCAUGAAAAGUAUGUUUUAGGGAUGUAAAUGUUAUUUAAUUGGUAAUUACAUGGUAUUCAUUAUUUUACCAAAUUGAAGAACAUACUGUACCAACUUCCUGUUGCUACUGAUGCCUAUUAGAGAGUAGUGAGUGAAUCUGUGUGCACAAAUGACCAAAACCUUAUAGUGUAGUCUGCCUGACUUGUUGAACUGAUCACUUUAAAAUGUUUAGCAGCAUUACUUGUCUUACACAGUCUGUCUAUUCAUCCAUACAACAUGGAACAUGGAAAUGCAGGUCUGUGGUUAAGGUUUUUUUUUUUUUUUUUUUUUUAAUGUCUUUCAUUUCAGUGUGGAUUGAGAAGCAUAAAUUUGAACACAGGAAUACAGGAGUAUGAUGUGUUUCAGCUGUGUUUUUUUUUCCAGGUAAUUUUAUAGCUAGUAACAACACACAGUUCUGACAAAACGUUGAAAUCUUAGCAUUGGUAUUUGCAGGAUGAGUACAGGACUGGAAGUGGGUUUUUUUGUAUGUCACAGGCACAUUAUGAUCAUCACAGCGUCUUUUACUUGACAUGCCUGGAAAAUAAUAUAUUGUACAGUAUUUAAGCAGAGUAACUGGAAACUCUUCUCUCUAUUGCACUUUUUUCACGUUUUUUUUUGUUUUUUAAUUAUUUUUUGUUUUAUCAUUGUUUGUUUUCAUCACAGCCAAACUCUUAUGCAACUACAGGGAGUUGAUUUUUGGAUUUGAUCAGCCUUUCCUCGUGUCUGGUUUAGUUCAAAUUUAUUUGCUAGCCACUGAUGCCAAUAAAAACAAACUAAAGUGAAA